AUGAUCAUGAUGUAUAUCUCCGUUUUUCCCAUUGCCAUCUCGAUGCGACGGACCAAUGUCUACGAAGAGAAAAGCUUGGGAGUCUACGGCAUCGAUGAGGAUACCAACGAUGAAAACAAGACGGUGCCAAGCUACAUUGGUACUCACUUACGGAAACAGCUGAGCUUCGAUCUUUGGCAUGCCUUUUUGGGCCUCGUUAUCAUCACCAUCGUGGAAGGCGACCGUUUAGAGGAUACGAGCGACUAUGCUUUCCAAAUCUGGGCUGUGCUUUUCGAGGUUGUCUCUGCUACGGUACCGUUGGCCUUUCGCUUGGCUACCCUGGAGUAA